AUGAGAGGUCCGCCGCAGCCGACGCAUCUGCUGCUGCUUCUCGCCUUGCAUUGCACUCAGUGCACGUUGCGAGUGAGAGGAGCUACACAGCCAGUCAUGCGCAUGGACAAAAGUGCCACUGGUGGCACUUUCCCCUAUAACCCCUUCUAUGACGCGUGUGAACAGGACGAUCCUUUGGGAAUGAUCUCCGGUGCCAUUACUGACGCCCAAAUAUCGACCUCCUCUUACAUCGAAGAGGGCGGCUGGGCGAUCAGCAAGUGCGCGCCGACAAACGCUCGGCCCUUCCUCGCCAAUGGACUAGCUUGGUGUCCCAAAUACAAGUCCUCCACGGAGUGGCUACAAAUAGACCUAGGAGUUAGGGCGACGGUGCGUUUAGCUCUCAAUGUGGUCAUUCCUGCGGAUGACAUAGGCAGCACCCUAUCAGCCGCACGUGUGGCUCGUACCGUCGCAGGCGUGGAUUCACUCGACCUUUUCUACUAA